AUGUAUCAAGUAUCUGUAAUGGUCUGGUCCUCUUCCUCGGCGCUCGUCAUCGGGUUCUACCAAGCCGCGCCGUACAGUGAGACCUUCAAAAUCUUUUACAAGAAAGUUGGGGCGGUGUUUGGAACUCAGGUGACGUUGACGCCCGUGUCCAUAUUGGGGCCGGAGCUAGCUGUACGGCAACCCAUGCUGGGUGAGGCUCAGUACUUUGAGUACGAGAUCAAGAAAUUGAAACCCAGCACGCAGUACGUCGUAAAGAUCAAGACCAACGAUGACUCAUGUGAAGUACGAUCCGAUAAGAUGGUUACGAUCAGUCGCGAGGAGGAGCGCACGCGGGACAACGAUAUGGCCAAUUUCGUAGGUGCGCUAGUCAAGCUGGGCGACUACGACGGCGUGGUGGUGUCGUACGCGUCUGGAUCCGGAAUUUUCGGGAUCCGGAUUCUCCAAAUUGAUGACGUGGCCAGUUCCCUGCAGCUGGCUCGGCUCACGUCGGAUUAUACGGAUAGCGGAGUACCCGUACAGGCGUACACUCUUAGUCAGGUUCGGUUCGGGCGGUGGGGCGGCGCCAUCACGGGCAGCAAGGUGGUGAACGAGGGCGAGCUCAAGUGGCUGGUGGCGCGGGCAGUGCAACUGGGAGACAAGAGCGACGCUGCGGCGGCGUACGAGGCCCGGCAGCGUAUGCUGCAAGCGCAGGUUGUUGUGGGUUGUGGGGCCUUCGUCGUGUCCGUUAUAUGUAUGUAUGUUGAGCGAGUGACGAUGUCUUUGGAGGUGGAGUGGUCACACCGGUUUCGGAGCCUGAGGACGAAAUCGCUGACGUCAUUGGCGCUGCUGGCACUGGUGAUAGUGGCGGCCGUGGCGGGUAUGGGCCUUAUGCUUGGGGCGGCGGGGCAACGCGAACAGGACCUGGAGGCGCGUCUGGCGGCUGGCGGCGUACGGCAAGCCGAGCUUGAGGCCGAGCUUCAGAUCUUGCACCUCUACCGGGUCUCCUUGGAGCUCGAUGUGGAGCGACGGUUGGCGCUUUCGGAAUCUAGAUCCGGCAGCAGCGGCGGCCAUGGAUCCAAAUUUGGAACUGGAGAUCAACGGGCGAAUUCAAGCGACACCUAUCUCCACGGCGCCGGCAACAACACUACUAACGCCGCUGGCGGCGGCGGCUUCGGCGGCAGCCUGCUGGAUGCGUACAUUGCGGCGACGGCAUUUCACAACGGCACCCUUCUUGCAGCUGACGGCGCCACUGCCGGGGAUAGGAAAGCGUCAUCGUCAUCGUCAUCAUCAACGCCGUCGUCGCCAUCGUCGUCGGCAUCGUCGGCAUUGAGGCCCCGGAAAAGUGGCAGUAGUAGCAACGGCAAAGGGAAAAGGAAAGCGGACAACAUACAGGGUACGGCACCCCCGGCGGAAGCUCCUAAAGGCGGCGGCAGCGGCGGCAGUAGCAAGGCGCAAUUCAGAGAGGGCAAGGGGGUGCCCGGCAAGUCGGCAGCCGCCUCCAGCCAAAGCGGACCUGACCUCUGGGGAUUACCUCAGCAGGCUCUCUGGGCGGCGUUGGAGCGAAGUCGUGCUGGUCGUCUAUCGUUGAUGUACGGCAACGGUGGCGGCGCCACGACGGCGGCGGAGCUGGAGGACCCGCAGCCCGACGCCUGGACGUUCAUUCACUACGUAUCGCACGUGUAUGCGCUCCAUCUGCAGGAGUGGAUGAAGGUGCAGCUACAGAAGACUGUUCGGCGGAAGGUGAAUGACAUGCUGCUGCCUGAGGAACGGAGUACGGAAGGAGGCUACAGCGGCGGCGGCGGCGACGAUGUUGGGGGUGUUGCCGUCGGCGGUGCAGACGGUGUUCGAGGGCAUCAGGGUGGCGGCGGCGGCGGCGGUGGCGGCGGCCGUGACGACACGUCAUCCGGAGAGGAUGACGUGAUAGACGUGCACGACAGCGAGUACGACGAGUACGACCAAGACCAAGGCUUAUAUUACUAUUAA